CGGCCGCGGCAGCCCAGGAGGCGGAGGCAGCGGCGGCGGCGGAGCAGCACCGUGCCCGGCGCAGUCAGCCCGGCCGCGUCGGACCCGCGCCCGCCCGCGCCGGGGCGCCCUCUCCACUGCGCGCGGUACAAGGAAAUGCUAGAUCUGGUGAUCUCACCCAGCCUCACUGUAAACAGCGAUUGUCCGGGUAAACUGAAGCUUAGCCGCACCGACGCCGAUGUCUGGACUCUGAGUGACAUAGAAGGCGUCACCGCAUCGGCCCCUCCGAGCGUGUCUCCGCUCUUCGCAAGAUCUUGUCCACGUGUCCUGCACAGCCAGCCUCCCACGGCCAUGGCAGCCUACGGCCAGACACAGUACAGUGCAGGGGUCCAGCCAGCUGCCCCUUAUACCACUUACCCACCUCCGGCACAAGCCUAUGGAAUCCCUUCUUACAGUAUCAAGACAGAAGACAGCCUGAACCAUUCCCCCAGCCAGAGUGGAUUCCUCAGCUACGGCUCCAGCUUCAGCACCCCACCCACUGGACAGAGCCCGUACACCUACCAGAUGCACGGCGCAGCGGGGAUCUAUCAAGGAGCAAACGGGCUGACCAACGCGGCUGGAUUCGGAAGUGUGCACCAGGACUAUCCUUCCUACCCUGGCUUCCCUCAGGGCCAGUAUUCCCAGUAUUACAGCUCGUCCUACAGCCCUCCUUAUGUCCCGGCCAGCAGCAUCGGCCCUUCCCCACUCUCCACGUCUACCUACGUCCUCCAGGAGGCACCGCACAGCGCCCCCAGCCAGAGUUCCGAGUUGCUUGGCGGCGAAUACAACACACACAACGGGCCUUCCACGCCGGCAAAGGAGGGAGACGCCGACAGGCCGCACCGGGCCUCCGACGGGAAGCUCCGAGGCCGGUCGAAGCGGAGCAGCGACCCCUCCCCAGCGGGGGACAGUGAGAUCGAGCGUGUGUUCGUGUGGGAUUUGGAUGAAACGAUAAUUAUUUUUCACUCCUUACUCACCGGGACUUUUGCAUCCAGAUACGGGAAGGACACCACGACGUCUGUGCGCAUCGGCCUGAUGAUGGAAGAAAUGAUCUUCAACCUUGCAGAUACCCACCUGUUCUUCAACGACCUGGAGGAUUGUGACCAGAUCCACGUUGACGACGUCUCAUCCGAUGACAACGGGCAAGAUUUAAGCACGUACAACUUCUCCGCCGACGGCUUCCACAGCUCGGCCCCGGGAGCCAACCUGUGCCUGGGCUCUGGCGUCCACGGCGGCGUGGACUGGAUGAGGAAGCUGGCCUUCCGCUACCGGCGGGUGAAGGAGAUGUACAACACGUACAAGAACAACGUCGGUGGCUUGAUAGGAGCUCCCAAAAGAGAGACUUGGCUACAGCUCAGAGCCGAGCUGGAGGCUCUGACUGACCUCUGGCUGACCCACUCUCUAAAGGCGCUCAACCUCAUCAAUUCCCGGCCCAAUUGUGUCAACGUGCUGGUCACCACCACUCAACUAAUUCCUGCCCUGGCCAAAGUCCUGCUGUAUGGACUGGGCUCCGUGUUUCCUAUUGAGAACAUCUACAGUGCAACCAAGACAGGGAAGGAGAGCUGUUUCGAGAGGAUAAUGCAGAGAUUCGGCAGAAAAGCCGUCUACAUCGUGAUCGGUGACGGCGUCGAGGAGGAGCAGGGGGCAAAAAAGCACAACAUGCCCUUCUGGCGGAUAUCCUGCCACGCCGACCUGGAGGCGCUGCGGCACGCCCUGGAGCUGGAGUAUCUAUAGCAGGACCCCCGGCCUCGCCACCCGCCACCCCGGGUGCCUCCCACCCACCCGGGGCCCUCGCCUCCCCCGCCUCCUCGCCAGAUGCCGGACCCCCGGGCCGAGGGGACGUGCCUGGCGACCAUCUCAGAAGCCGUCCUUGCAGUCCACGUGGGUCCUGAGACGCUGAGUGCCCGGCAGGGGCUUCGGGAUAUUUAACUUUGGAGGAAAGGGCUGGCUGGGAGUCCGGGCUUUUCCACAAGACUCAACGGAACAAAAGCGACUUAUUGCUGAUUCGGGGGAGGGCUGGCGGUGAGGAGGGGGACGGGCUUGGGUUUUACUCUUCCUUUUUAAUUUAUGGACUGAUCUCACUACUCCGGUAUUACGCUCUCGUGCCUGUGUUGUCGGUUUUCUUAGUCGUUGGCUGGGCUUGGUUUUCUAAACUGGCAUGCGGAGCCGUGCAGCUCUAGCUGAAGCACUCUCGGCUCCAAGUUGUGCUUUGGGGGGACAAUCAUUCCUUGAACCAUUGGUGAGGGAGGCGAUUCGGGGCUGAUGGGAAGACGGUUGCUUAUCUUUGUUUUUAAGGACCUAACCUGACGUCAUGUGGACAGUGCACGUGCCUUAUGCUGCCAUCUUGUUUUCUAGGGGGAGGGGACCCUGGGGAGGCGGCGGUACUUUGUGACGGAUAAAAGGCAUUAAAUAAACCCACGUUUACAUUUUGAA